AUGUCAGCCCUUCCAUACGCCAUCCCCGCUGCUGCAGCCACCUUCUCCUACCUCAAUGCCCGCCAUGGCCUCAGCUACGACUUGCCAAUGCUGUCAGCCCUCGCGAGCGCUGCAGUCAGCACCAAGCGACACGAACGAAGCGACACGUUCAAUCUCUUCUACGAGCUAGAAGCCCAGGCACAGUCGCGCGAGAACCACGCGUGGAUUAUCUUCCAAGGCAGGACAUGGACAUAUAAGGAAGCUUAUGAUACCGUGCUACGCUAUGGGACGUGGUUGAAGAGCAAGGGCGUGGAGAAAGACGAGAUUGUCGCCAUGGACUUUGUCAAUUCGGAUACCUUUAUAUGGGUCUGGUUUGGGCUUUGGAGUAUAGGCGCGAAGCCUGCAUUCAUCAACUACAACCUUGCGGGAAAGUCAUUGGUACAUUCUAUCAAGACAAGUACGGCCAGAUUGGUAUUAGUGGACCAAGAAGGAAGAGACAAGUUCAAUGACGAUGUCAUGAGGGAGCAUGGCUUUGUGCGUACAGAACUAGAAAGAGACGGACGGGCGAAGUAUGGCUUUGAGAUGGACCAGUCGGAUAUCCCGAGGUCGGUAAGGAACCAGACGAAGACACCACAAGCCGCAGUAGAUGCUGGAGCUGUUUCUGAGCCACUGCGACGGCAGCUGGAGGUGGUCUUUUUCGAUGAUGCUUUAGCCUUACAAAUCCUCACGCUCCCACCCACACGCCUUCCCAACGUUGCCCGCGACAAUCAGACGCGCACCAGCAUGGCCAUGCUCAUAUACACUUCUGGUACGACAGGACUUCCGAAGCCUGCGAUCAUGAGCUGGGGCAAAUGCAACGGUGGAACCAAGUUCGUCUCAAGUUGGCUAUCCCUGAAAAACAACGUGCUCUACACUUCCAUGCCUCUCUACCAUUCUUCCGCUUCGGUGCUCGGCGUAUGUGCAGUCCUCCGUACAGGAAACACAAUAUGUCUCUCCAAGAAGUUCUCACAUAAAACUUUCUGGCCUGAGAUCCGCGCCAGCAAUGCCACGAUGAUUCACUAUGUUGGCGAAACGUGUCGCUAUCUGCUCUCCGCGCCCCCGUCAGCUUUGGACAAGCAGCAUAAAGUGCGCGCAGCGUUUGGGAAUGGACUGAGGCCUGAUGUAUGGGAAGCGUUUAAGGAGCGGUUUGGCAUUGAGACCAUCUUCGAAGUCUAUGCGGCGACUGAGUCACCGGGCGGGAUGUGGAACCACAGCAGGAAUGGCUUCUCCAGUGGCGCAAUCGGACGGAUGGGCACACUUACUUCUCUCCUCUUCGCGUCUAUGCUCUGCCUUGUGAGGAUGGACUCAGAGUCGGAUCCUCCAGCCCCCCUUCGCUCACCAUCCACCGGGCUUUGCCAGAUCUGCGACUGGAACGAGCCCGGCGAAUUGAUGUACAAGCUGGACCCCAACGACAUCAGCCAGAAGUUCCAAGGCUACUUUGGAAACGCCAAGGCGACGAACAGCAAGAUUAUAAGGAACGUGAAGGUAAAAGGGGAUGCGUAUUUCCGCUCCGGCGACUUGCUGCGCCGGGAUAAAGAAGGACGGUGGUGGUUCGUAGACCGCAUCGGUGACACAUUCCGCUGGAAAGCAGAGAAUGUAUCCACCGCCGAAGUCUCAGAAGCGGUCGGCAAGCACGAAGCCGUCGUUGAAGCAAACGUCUACGGCGUGCAGGUGCCCCACCAUGACGGACGAGCCGGCUGUGCAGCUUUGGUGUUGAAAGAUUCUGCUGCGACAGCGAUGGGCGACAAGACGCCGCUGCCAAGCGAGCAGACGUUACACUCUUUAGCGGAGCACGUGAAAAAAGAAUUGCCCGCGUUUGCAGUGCCGAUUUGGCUCAGAGUCACGCGCGAGAUGCAGAUUACUGGGACGAAUAAGCAGCAGAAACACCUACUACAACAGGAAGGCAUUGACCCCAGCGCAGUCGAGGCCUCUGGAGAUGCUUUGUACUGGCUCAAGGGCGGAAAGUACCAGCGAUUCACGAAGAGGGACAUGGAGCUUGUAGUGGGCGGUGGGGUGAAGUUAUGA